AUGAUGAUGACAAUGAUGAAGAUGAUGAUGAUGACAGCUCAGGGGCCACUGAGAGCACCUGUCCAGCUCUGUGGUCAUACUGCUGUCACCUCCUGCAGGGAGAGAAGGAAAAGGAGGAGAGGAGGAGGGGGGAAGGAGGAGGAGGAGGUGGAGCAGGAGGAGGGAGGGAAGGAGGAGGUCGAAGAGGUAGUGGAGGUGGAGGAGAAGGAGGAGGAAGAGGAGGGGGACGGGGAGGAGGAGACUGCGGAGAAGAAGGAAAGGGAGGAAUAUAAGGAGGUGAAGGAGAAGGAGGAAGUGAAGGAGGAGCAGGAGGAGGAGGAGAAGCCUCAGCGCCUCUUGUCCUGUAUACUGCUUAUUCUUAUGUCCAGUCUCCCACAGUCUGGAUAUUAG